GAAGGUUGUUUGCCUACUAACUACCCAGUACGGAGUUCUGAGAGUCGCCUCUUAGUAGGUAUUCUCAUUUCUGCCUCGCAGCUGGUUCCCGAGGGCUGCAGCAAAAUCGGAUCGGUUUUGAGGAGGCCCACCAACAGUAAAGGUUCCUUCUUGUCCCCAAAAUAAAGUUAAAAAAGAAACUACUUUAUCAGGUGUCGGUUUUUCGUUCCUCCGGAGGAGCCUCCUCAAAUCGCGCUAACUAAUCGCUUCGGACUCCGGUCGCCAACAAUUUGCCAGAUUGGGCAAAGUGGAAAAAAUUUUCACUCGUUUCUCGCGGAGUGUGCAGAAGGUGAAAAACGUGUGCUAGCAGCGGGCAGAAGUAAAAGUUUCCCGACACGGGAAAAAAGGUUCAUUUCCUGCCAAUUAAUCAGGACUCUCCUCGGGAUCCGACAACGAUGGAAAUGGAGCACCAUUACCCCAAAGGAAAGCAGUAAAAGGCAAAAGGUGGCACGACACCGACCGACCGACGACGGAUCGAAUCCAAAAAUAACGCAGGAGCAGAAAAUAAUCAUCUAAUAAACUAAGCAACCAUGUCGUCGCUGGAGCAGGAUAGCAACGCUCCAGUGGAUCCAAGAGUGCAGAUCGAACUGGAGAAGCUGAACGAAGCAACAGACAACAUCAACAAGUAUGAAGUCGAGCUGGAUGAAUCCAAAAACGAAUUCCGUGAACUGCUCAAGGAGAGCGUCGAGAAGAUCAAAGCCGUCGCCAAGAAGCUGGGCAAUUCGAUCGAAACCGCCAAACCGUACUACGAAGCGCGGCUGUAUGCUUCGCAGCUAACAAAAGAAACGCAACAAUCGGCUCUGAACUACGACAAGGCCAAGUCGGUACAUGCGGCGGCCAAGGAGAUGGUGUUCCUGGCGGAGCAGGGCUUGGGCGAGAAGUCAACGCUGGAUACGGCCUGCCAGGAGAUGCUGACCCACGCCACGACCCGGGUCAACGAAUCCCAGAACGAGUGCACCGAGAUGCGAAACGUGCUGAGGAUCAGCGAACUGAAACUGGAGGUGGCCAACAAUCGGGUUGCCAAGCUGCACUCGCAGCUGAAGAGUGCGAUCCGGGCAUCGAGUUUGGAUGUUCGAAGGAACCUGCUAAUGAUGAAUUUGCUUGUUUAUCAAAAUGAGUUGUUGUUUUUACCGUACUAUGAGCUGCGGGCUAACUACAAUGCCCUGCUGCUCGAGCAGAAGCAAAAGGUGGUGGACCUGGAGGCCAGGGUGUCCGAGGCGAAGAUGAGCUACAACGAGGCUCUCACCCGCUUGGAGAAAAUCUCCGAGGAGAUUCACCAACAGCGCAAAGCACGUGCCAGCAGUAUCGAUGAAGAUGCAUCCUCGUCGUCUUCAUCGACAAAUCUCCCCCGAAAUCAGACGCUGGGUAUCGGUGGAAUGCAUCUGCCCUUCAGCAAGUCAGCUUCGGCGGCACGGAUCGAAUCCAGUGAUGAGUAUCUGGAGUUCCCAGCCAAACUGGCCAUCAAAUCCAGUCCGAUUAAGCCAAAGUACCUGGACAAGCUGGACUGUCCGCAUCUGUUGAAGGACUUUGCCCGAAAGACCAGUCCCAGCGGGGAAAGCGAUUCGGAUAACAACUAUCUGUUUUCGCCGAACCGGACGAUCGAUGACAUUACCAACAUGUCAUCGGAGGACAUUGAGCAGUGGACGGAGAUUCGGUUGUCCAACUCCAACAGUAGCAGUUCGGGAUAUUCGCAGCACAAUUCGUUGGCACUGGAAGACGAUGGCAACGGGUUGGCCGCGGAUAUGAUAUCGGACACAACCGAUACGGAUUCCGAUGAUAGCCACUCGGGACCAAAGGUCAAAGCACGCAUAAUCAAGAUGGAGCUCUACGACGACAGCGCUAACCAGAACAUUAGAAAGAGCGAAGGCAUCACCGGGUGGAUUACGAGUCGUUCGAUCGGUCGAUCAACCUCGAUCUCCAUGACGGGUUGUUCCCCGACUGGUGCUGCUCCCUCCCUAAUAAAAGACACCACAUGUGCGGGGUCCGGUUCCGGUCGGCGCCAGAGUUUGGAUAUUAUCAUCGAUACGAGCGAUCGGAUGAAGGAUGCAUUCACCCAAGGCAUUCAGCGGAUCGGACGCUCGCUCGAGCGCCGGAAUUCGGAAUCGGAAGUCGCCCGGGACGGUGACUCCGUGGGUGUGAAUGGGGGGAAUGGCUCGGGCACGGGCACCGGUUCCGGUACGGGGAGUGAUUUUUUUCUCUUCCAACGCUCGUCGGAUCCUGCACGGGAUGGUCUCUCGGAUGAACAGGUGGAGAACCUACUUCUAGAUCAGGACUGUUCGGAUCUGUUUCAGAAUGUGGUGAACCUGUCCAAGUAAGCCGGACGAGGGAUAGGAACCGAUCGAGCGUGGGCCUGGAUUUACUGUGAUUCGAACCGGCGGCGACGGCAGCAGUCAGCAGUCAGCUAGACGUUUAUACACUUAUUAAAGCAAUUAUUCACCGUAGCAAAGUAGUAUUUUAACUAAUCGGUAGGCUAUAAGUGAGAUACAAAUUGCUGUGAAAGUCAUAAAAUAAACAUGAAAGCAACACUAAGUUAGUGAAAACCAAUUCGAAACAAAAGUAUUGUUACAUAGAGGAAACCUGAACACGUUGGCAAAGAUAACAUAGCAGAAGCCGUUGAUUUUUUUUUUUAUUUUUAGCGAUCGCAGCGCCACUCGGAAACUUAUGAAUGAAUCAUAUCACUGGAAUGAAGACAUGAUAGGAACAACGUUUUUUCGAACGAAAGUACUUACAAAUUUUAAUCGGCACUCUAAAAUCACCUUCUACCAAUUUGACCAAAAACAACAGCGGCUUUGUUUGUUAUCACCUUGACUACUUCAGGUUUCCCAUGAUUGUUGUUGAAAACACAAUAGAACCUUAAGCAAAACAAACUAGUCUAUUGAGGAAACAAGUGAUCUGCUUAUUAAACUAUCAAAUCAAUUGCAAUUUAAAGGGGAAGCGUUUUCCAGAAGAUACAAACAAGAAACGGAAGCAAUUUUUGCUGUCAACCAUAUUCAUGCAUAGAGCUUUUUGACGUUUAAUCGGCGCACACUACGACACCAUUUAAAUCGAACGAGUGCAAGCAAGAGAGAAAUAGAUUAGUGGGAAAACAAACCAUGCAUUCAUCCAUGUGUGCUAGAUAGAGAAAGACGAUUAAACGUCAAAAAGUUCUAUACAGAAGAUGAAAAACAAACACAUGUCAAAUGUUUCAUUUUGUUUACGUUUUUGUGAUGACGCCUAUUUCAGUUUGCAACAUUUUGACCAUUUCCCGUAUCUGUGUAUGAGUGUAAAGUGUGGUGCGGGGAAGAACAAUAGCAGCAUGAUAUGGGUGGCAUUCUCCCGCACCGCCAAAACCAAAGAAACAAAGUUAUCUAGCUGUGUAGAAUAAUUGACCUAGCAAAUAGCAUUGAAUUGAACUUAGCAAUGGCCGGAAUAAUGUCGGCGCUGUGCUUUAGACGAGUGAAAGGCAAAAAUCAAAUCAUAAAUAUCAAUUUGCGAUGGAAUGUGACUGUGGGUGGAUUUAAU